GAUCUAAAACAACCGCUGUUUUCGCUUACCGUCCUUAAAAAGUAUAAAGUUAUUGUUAGCUAUUCAUUUAAUUAUCUUAAAAAAUGCAGAUGGUAGAUCUAAAUGAAUCUGAAGAUAUAAAUGAUCUUGAAAUAAGAUUCACCGAUGCAAAAGAUUUACCUGCAGAUAUUUUAGCAAGGUUGAGUUUUCUAUUAAAUUCUCCAUUAAAUGGUAAGGACUUCAAAACUUUGGCAGAGAAAAUGAAAAAGUCUUUUCAAUUUAUCCAUUGGUUGGAAAUGCAAAAAGAUCCGACAGCUUCAUUGUUAGAGCAUUGGUGGUCAGAUAAUCGGUCAAGAAAAGUUAAAGAUUUAGUUAUUCUACUCAAGGAAAUACAAUGCUUUGAUGCUGUCAAACUGCUAGCACCUUAUAUGCACUAUAUUGGUGUUUGUUCUCAUUCUGCUUCAACUGAGUCAAUCAGCUCAAAAGCUUGUCAAAAGAUUAAAAAGUUGAAAAGUUCUUCAAAAAAGCCAACAGAUUUUGAUUCAACAGAAAUUUCAUGCGAUAGAUCUACUGUUUCAGCUCAACCAUCAAAUAUGAAAAAGUCAUUUAAUCUUGAUAUAAAUGAAGUCGAUUUACAGUCUAAUCAUAUAAAAAAUUACAAUCAAGACCCUACUCAUUACUCUGCAUUGAUAGAACAAGCUACACCUAUAUCAAAUAUAUAUGUCAUCGAUAAUUGUACAAAUAGUUUAAAUAGUUUAGCGUUGUUAAUUGCUGAAAACUAUUCUUUAAAUCCUCAAAUAAAUAUCAGUAAAAUUUGGUUUUAUGCGUUGAAUGGAAGUUCUUCAGAAUCUAUAAAGGAUGCUACGUCGAAAGUGAUAAAAUUAAUAAAUUACGAUUUCAAUCAUUUUGAAAAUGUAGCGUCAAUUGAUGAAUUAGAAAAUAUAAUAUAUAAACAAUUAAAAAGCGUAAAAGAAAAUGGAAUAACGCAAAAUAAUAGAAAUAAAAAAACAAAAGAAGAAAAAAUAGAAAAUUGUAAGUUAGCGUUGAUGUUUUUUCAAAAUGAUAGCAUUAAAUAUAAAUGUUCAUAUGAGAAAUUGACUCGGCUGACAGGUGUAGAUGAUAAAGGUAUCGAACUAUGGCUAGCUGAAGCCAAAGGCGAUGUAGGAAAAAUACAGGACAUAAUUAUUGAUUAUGAUCUUAAUAAUAUACCGUUAAUGAGGGAAAAUCACCUUGAAGAUAUAAAGAGAAUGUUAAGUUUAGAAAUUUCGAUAAAACAGUUUAAUGAAUUUAAAAGUAAAAAUAAUAAUGAGCGAGCUAAUUUUAUAAAUGUUUUAGCCUUACAUAAUUCUGCGUCUGGUAGAUGUAGAGUUUCUCAAAUUUAUGUCGCUUCAAUGUUGCUGAAAUAUGCUGUUAUUGAAAAUGAUAUGGAAAUAGUAAAAGUACUACUUGGAUUAAAUGCUGAUCCUAGGAUCAAUGAUAUAAUUCCGGGCAUAAGUGCGAUCAGCUACGCUAUAUCAGAAGAAGAUUUUAUAGAAGAAUUUUUAAAAGAAGUUGUCAAGGAUAAAUAUAAAUUAGUAGACCGCAAAGCUCAAUGUUAUAGUAAUAUGUCCCUUGAUUUAAGAAUUAUUGAAGAAUAUGAAAAUAAAGAUCAGGUAAUGGAUAUGCUACGCAAACUGUAUUAUUUUGAUUUUGAGGAUUCUGAUGAUGACAGCUAUGAUGAUGACGACGAUGAUAAUUGAAGAAAAGCAUGGAUGUAGGUGCUUUGUAAAAUUAAGUAACACAUACAAUAUAUUAGAUGUUUGAUUACUAUAUUUUCUACAUAGAUAAUUACAUAUUUUGGCUAUGGAAAAACAUCAAGAACAAAAUAUGUUCAAAUCUUUAACUGGUCAUAUCUUACUUAUGACAGGAGUCUUCACUUGAAUCUUCAAUUAAUGAAAAAGCAGUUACCAUUAUGUUAUAUAAAAUUCUAAAUUGCUAA